AUGGGCUCCUUCGUCCUGCUUCUCGCCUCUAUUCUUGCCUCCUGGACUUUGCUCUCCAGGGAGCCCCGCGUCCACGCUCUCGAAGAUGGGGUCGCCAAGCUGCCGGUCCUCGGGUACAACACUUGGAAUGCCUACGGUUGCGGCAUCAGCGAAGCCGCCGUCCUCUCGGAUGCCCACAUGCUAGUCUCGCUCGGGCUCAGGGACGUCGGCUACACUCACGUCAACAUUGACGACUGUUACGCCGAGAAGAACCGCAGCGCGUCGGGCGACAUCGUUGCCAGUGCUGCGCGUUUCCCGUCCGGGAUGAACAACCUCACCGACCAGAUCCACGCUCUCAACAUGUGUUACAGCGACUCCGGCUGGUACACAUGUGCGCAUUACCCGGUCACUCCACAUUCGUUCCUUACUUUACACGACAGAGAUGCGAAGCUAUUCCAGGACUGGGGAUUUGACUAUCUGAAGUUCGACAACUGCGCUAUUCCUUAUGAUGACAUCAUUCGCCAAGGCAUUGUCGGGAAGUACGAGCGCAUCGCCACCGCGAUUGCGCAGCUGGCACAAGACACCGGAAAGCCGCCUCUUAUUCUCUCCCUUUGCGAAUGGGGGAAUGAGCAACCGUGGCUGUGGGCGAAGCGCUUUGGCCAAAGCUGGCGCACUACGGGCGACAUCAACACUAGCUGGGGGUCGAUCACGAGUAUAAUCAACCAGAACUCGUUCAUCACAUGGGCAUCGGACUUCUUCGGCCACAACGACAUGGACAUGGUAUGCGCUGAUCCUUCCACUUCCAGCGGGAACUCGGGCAUCACGCACGAGGAAGCUAAGACACACUUCACGGCCUGGGCCCUCAUGAAGUCUCCCUUGCUGAUCGGUACCAAUUUGUCGGCGAUCAGCCAAGAUAACCUGUCCAUUUUGAAAAACCAAGAGAUACUCGCCAUCAACCAAGACCCUGUUGUGGGAACGAGCGUCUCGCCGUUCCGCUGGGGCAUCAACCCCAACUGGGUCAGCAACAGCACCCACCCAGCUCAGUACUGGAGUGGGGAGAGCCAGAACGGCACCGUAUUCAUGCUCAUCAACACCCUGAGCAAGCCAGCCGACAUGUUCUUCAGCCUCACUGAGUCACCCUGGAUCCGUGCCGGCCGCCAGUACGCCGUUCGCGACCUCUGGACGCACACCGACAACGGCACCGCCAUCCGCAACUUCACGGCGAAAGCCGUGCCCGCGCACGGCGUCGUCGCGCUCCUGCUCACCGACGCCGGCGACGAGCCGCCCAGCUCAGGGCCGCCUUGCGCCGUCCUGCAGUGGUGCAUGGACAAGAACGGGACGCUUGCGCCUGGUGCGUGA